AUGAAGGAAGAAGAUUAUACUACAAGACAAGAAUCAACAUCCUUUGAUGAAGAAAACAAAAAGGUUCCACUGAUUCUCACUCAGGUACAUUCUACCGAGAAUUCAGUUACUCACGGUCCAAAAUUCAUUCACUGGAUCUAUAAACUUGAUGCAUUAGGAUUUGAAUCCACGGGUAUUGAAAGGGUCAGUCCAGAAGAAAGAGACAGACUUGCAGAAUCAAGACCAACAUGGCACUUGUUUGUUGAAACUAUUGGUCUUUGGUGGGCAGCUUGUGGUGGUCUUACUUCCAUGUCCUCUUAUUUCCUUCCAACAUUAUUAUUUGGUUUAAACAUGAGGGAUUCUAUGGUUUCUGGUUUGAUCAGUAUGAUUAUUGGAUGUGUUCUUGCUGCAUAUGCAUCCACAAUGGGUCCUAAAUCCGGUUUGAGACAAUUGGUUACUGCAAGAUUCUUGUUUGGUGAAUGGGGUGUCAAGAUCAUUGCCUUGAUAUCUAUUGUUGGUUUGCUUGGAUGGUCAAUUAUUAAUUGUGUCUUGGGAGGACAAAUUCUUCAAGCCAUUAAUCAUAACAUUUCAUUGGCUGUUGGGAUUGUAGUUCUUUCUGUUGUCAGUUGGUUGGUUGCCAUCUUUGGUAUUAGAGUUUUAUUAAAGUUUCAAACUAUAUUAUCCAUCCCUAUUUUUGUUGCCACUGUUUUGUUUUAUGUGGUUGUUUGUCAAAAAGUUAAAUAUGUGCACGAAUCUAAUGAAUUGGUCAAAGAAGCUGGUUAUUCUGCUGUAACUACAAGAGGCAAUUGGCUCAGUUAUUUUGCUGUUUGUUAUUCAAUCACCCUGACUUGGGCUGGUGGUGCUGGUGACUAUUAUGUGAUGUAUCCGGCUAGCACUCCUUCCUAUAAGAUUUUCUUGGUUACUUUCUUUGGUAUUGCAGUUCCAACAGUUUUUGUUGGUGUUGUGGGUACAAUUUGUGGUAACAUUGCAUUAUCAUACAAACCUUGGAAUGAUGCUUAUAAUGCCUAUGGUGUUGGUGGAUUGAUUGUGGAAACAUUUUCUGCUUGGGGUGGAUUUGGGAAGUUUGUUGUGGUGAUCUUGUACAUUUCUUUGAUCUGUAACAAUAUCAUGAACACAUAUUCCAGUGCUUUUGAAUUCCAAAUCAUUGAUCCACGUUUAAUUUACAUUCCAAGAUGGAUUUGGGCUACUAUUGUCGCAAUUAUCUACUUUGUGUUAUCAAUUGCUGGUAGAGAUCAUUUUCUGGAAAUUUUAACAAAUUUUUUGCCAAUGUUGGGAUACUGGAUUUCUAUUUAUAUUGCAUUGUUAUUAGAAGAGAAUUUGUUUUUUAGAUCUAAUCUUGAAAGAAAAAUGUUACACGAAAAGGAAUUUAGUGGAUCCUAUGAAGAAUUGUACAAUUGGGCAAAUUGGAACAGACCAAAAGGAAGAACCAUGGGUUUGGCUGCAUGUUUUUCUUUCCUUUGUGGUGUUGCUGGUGCUGUUGUUGGUAUGAACCAAGUUUACUACCGUGGACCAAUUGCCGACUUGGUUGGUGAAUAUGGUGCUGAUUUAGGUAUGUGGCUUUCAUUUGGUUUCACUGCUAUUGCCUACCCAGGGUUAAGAUACCUCGAAUUAAAGGCUUUCCAAAGAUAA